AUGGGGAAGAAAGAAAUGAAUAUCGCCCCAGAUCUAAGUGAGGGCCAGCUGUGGCGGUGGCCACCUGCGAGGGCUUGGCCACAUGGUUUUCGUGCGAGAAUAGUCGUAGAACGUGACGAUAAAACUGGUGGAGAGUUCUGGAAAACUACGAACAAUGAAGAAAAGGAAUGCCCCCGCAACUAUAACACUAGACCCUCUGUCCUUGCAUUCUUACAGGUUCCUGCAGCAGAACACGAGCAUGGUCCCUCGGCAUUACCACGUGUUCCUGAGCUACGGCGGCGGAGACACUCGGACUGGUUUCGCCGAUUUCCUCUACAACAGCCUGGUAGCUGCUGGGUCCACGUGUUCAGGCACGACGACAUGCUCCCUGUCGGCAAGCAGAUUGGCCAGGAGAACCUCUGGGCCAUUAGGAGAUGUAGGAUCGCAGUUCCCAUCGUUUCCGAACAGUAUGCACAGAGCAAUUGGUGCAUCCGCGAGCUCAUCGAGAUCGUGUGUUGCCACAGACAUUAUGGCAAAUUAGUCUUCCCUAUAUUCUAUCAACUGGAGGUUGAAGAUGUACGUGAUCAACUCGGUAGCUUUAAAAAGGCUCUAUGUACGCUUAAGAAGCAGUCCAGCACAGAAGAAAUGCAAGAAUGGCGAGAAGCGUUGACUUUUGUGGCGAGGAUUAAAGGAUGGAUAUCAAAGACUGUUGCUAAUGGGCACGAAGGGGAGCUGGUGAAAAUGGUGGUCGCAAAGGUUUCGAGUGAAUUGAAGACGACAUGGAUCGAACGGCUCCCCAUGUUUCCUAUACUGAUGUCUAAUUAUUACCGCAUCAUUGCUUCUUGCAGAAUAAAAGAAGAGAAAAUAAUUGCCAAGUGCUCUUGGCCUUUCGUGACCCUCAUACUCGAUUCGACUUGCUGCUUACCUCUACAUCAGCCUUGUGCGAGAUCACUUCAAGAAGACAUGCUUCAACUUAAAGUUAAUGAGUUGAUCCAUGGAUAUAUUUUUGAGCGGUGGGAGCGAGGUCUCAAAGAGGUCGAAUCCUCCCACGAAUGGGCACGAAGGGGUACCCGUAAAACUGGUCGUCAAGGAGGUUUCAAGGUUGUUGAAUGA